AAAUUAUAAAUUUUAUAAAAAAAUCUCAAGAAACAUUAUGGAUAGUACAUUAAUUAAACAUUUUCCGAUACUAAUAUUUCCACAUUCAUUAGAAUUUUAUUUAAAUUCACGCGAUAAACAUAAAACAAUAUUAACAUUAUACAAUCCAUAUUCGUUUCCAGUACGUUUUACAGUACAUUGUAAUUCAAAUAAUAAGUAUACGGUUGUUGAUUCAGCGGGAACAAUUGGUCCUUCGAGGCGAGUUGAUUUAGUUGUUCGACAUGUUAAACCAACUUUGUCAAACUGCAAUGUUAUUGAUAAAUUUAAGAUUAUUAUGUUUGAUUAUCACACGAAAAAAACGUUAGGCUAUAGAAUUGUACAAGCUAAACUAUUGGAAUCAGCGCCUGAUACUGAGAUAGAUUAUGAAGAAGACUUUGAACCUUUAUCCACGUCGACAAAUGAAAAGAAAAGCACACUACAGAAUUGGCCAUCACAGUCAUUUUCGCCACCAAACAGGACAAUGAAUCCAACAGCAAUGGUCAUUGGAGUUGUUUCAAUAUUAAUAUUGUUCAUUCCAACACCGUACAAUCUAAAAAACACACAUCCAUUUCUAGAGUACUUACCAGCUGAUAUAAUAUCAAUAAAAUUAGUAGCAUCAUUUUUCUUAGGAUUAGUUACCAUGGCUAUUUUAAAACCAUAAUUUUUUUAAAAUCUCUAUGUACAAACUAUAAUAUAAGGGGUGUCGCAUAUCUCUAGGUACAUAAUUAAAGAGUAUAUUUGGCCGCAGACCUACCAACAAUUAAAAGGGAUUUAAAAAGCUCAAUUAGAUGUAAAUAGUAAAAUCAUAAAAGAUACAUCUAUUUAAAACGAAUUUGAAAGUAUAUAAGUUAUUUUUGACUUAACAUUGUGGAAAACUUUUAAACUAGGUCCAUGGAGUUACGAUACACCCUGUAUUAUAAAGGUAUUGUUUUUCUUUGUAUGUAUAUAAUUAAUAUAUUAUAAUUAUAAAUGGUUGUAAA